CAGAGGGCCGCUGACGUGCUGUAAGCCGGAGCUUCAGAUGGUUCUGGAGAAGAGGAAGAGAGAGCAGACCCAGAGACAGGAGGGAGAGCAGAGCAGGAGUCCUCUGGAGCAGGUGCUGCUCGAACGCCAGCACAAACAUCAGGAGACGAUGAAGGAGAAGGAGGAGGAGCAGAGGCUGCGUGAGGAGGCACAGCUCCUGGAGUUUGUCCGAGUGAGACAGAACCUGAGGAAGGUCCACACAGCUCUACAGAAGACCCUUCACUCCUCAAUCUGA